GGUCUAGUUUUCAAUAUAAAUUCAUCAAUAAUCCUAAUUGUAUAUUUUGAUUGAUAAAUAGCACGAGCUAAAAUGAACCAGGGUUGUUGAUUACUUAUUCGCGCAUUGAAGUCCAAGUAUACGCAAGACGUGUAGUUGUUGGAGUAAUCAAGAAGACGCCAAGGUAUGGAGCCUGAUUGUCGCAGAGCUCCCGCAUAUCUCCUGCGUGUGUUAUUUCUCUUCGCAGUUUCACUUAGCUAUUCGUCAGCUUUUCCAUAUGAUAGACCAUCUCUCGGUGAUGUGUAUAGCGAGUAUACGGACUUGAAACCAACUGAUUUGAGACAUGGAAUAUUCAAUGAUCUUCCACAAGUAAUUAUUCCUUUGCCGGGGUGGCUUGAUAAACACAGACACCAUAAUACAAAAGAACAAAAUGAUAAAACAGAACAACAUGAGGUAACCGGAUACCGUGGAGCAGUCGGAUACUAUGAUACACCAGGACCAAAUAUUAUAAUAAAUAUUUACCCAAUAGAAAUCAGUUUUUCAGAAAGCGAUGAAUCAUAUGAAGAGUCGAAAUCAUCAUCAGAAGAAUGGCCGCGGUCAUCAGAAGAAAAGACAUCAUCAUCGGAAGAAUGGCAGCGAUCAUCAGAAGAAAAGACAUCAUCAUCGGAAGAAUGGCCGCGAUCAUCAGAAGAAAAGCCAUCAUCAUCGGAAGAAUGGCCGCGAUCAUCAGAAGAAAAGCCAUCAUCAUCGGAAAAAUGGCCGCGAUCAUCAGAAGAAAAGCCAGCAUUAUCAGAAGAAAAACUUAUAUCAAUAAAACCAAAACUUGCUUCAGAUGAGGAUGCAUUGGUAGCUAACCUUCUACAUAAACAUAAAACGACAAAAAUAGAAAUAAUAAAAGUAAGCAGUUCAUCACAAAUAAGCAGCAAAAAGCAGAAAAAACCAUAUCCUUUGCUAAGAAAAGCCACACUUCAGGACAAAACACAAACGUCUGAUGUGGCUACGACAGUAGAAAAUGCGACAUCUCAGACUGAAGCACAUGCUCCAAUAAAAAAAACUGCAUCUCAAGCAGAAGCUCAAAAACCUGAAGCACAUUCUCCAGUAGAAAGUGCAACGUCUAAAGCAGAGGCUAAAAAAACUGAUGCACAUUCUCCAGUAGAAAGUACAACAUCUCAAGCAGAAGCCCAAAAACCUGAAGCACAUUCUCCAGUAGAAAGUGCAACAUCUCAAGCAGAAUCUCAAAUACCUGCAGCACAUUCCCCAAUAAAAAAACAAACAUCUCAAGCAGAAGCUCAAAAACCCGAAGCACAUUCUCCAGAAACGCAAGUACCACCAGUUACGAAAAAAAGCAAACACUGCUCCUUCAAACAUUUGAGUAGCUGCUACGUUGUUGCCGAUAUGCUCCUGAAAUUUGACGACUGUUCAAAAAGUUGUCAGAAUUCUAGUUACGAUGUUGUGGUACCGAAAUCGGCCGAAACGAAAGCAUUUCUUCACAAGCAGAUGGGAGGUUCAGUGAAUACGCUGAGUCGCACCAACAUCUAUCCUUACUGGCUGGGUAUUAAGUUCACAAACAACGCCUGGCACUUGCAUGCGAAAUCUAGCGAGGCUGUUGGUUACAGCAACUGGGUGCCGGAUACACCAAUGUCUCCGAGCAACGAUGCGUGCGCGGCCGCAGAUCUGAACGACUCACUCUGGAGGAUAUCCGAGUGCACAGACGUGGCUCUUUGUGUGUGCGAAUCGUCUGUUCAGCAAAGCAAGCGGUAGACCUAGAGCCAGUCGCUGGCGUGCUUGCUUUAUGUAUCUAUAAACAGUUGUUUGUAGCAAAACAAUGUAUUUGUAUCAAUAAACAAUUGUUUAUAUUAAUACAUAUUUCUUUGUGUCAAUAAACAGUUCUUU